UAGUUUUUCCUUAUCACCUUUAUGUCCUUACUGCGGAAGUUCACUUUGUCGUCGUCACCGACGAGCGAGCUAGCGAGCUAGAACGAGUUGGACGCAUGGAAGCAACUCUAGUAAGCGGUCCCUAAGUUUGGUAGAAUGGCCGGCGGCAGACCCAUCCGUCCGAUGGGCGGUCUCGGUACUUUCUUCUCCUACAAGGUCUUUGUAUCCUUCGUUUUCACUCUCCUUUUCAUCGCCUCCCUCAGCGUCAUUCUUUCCUCCUCCACGUCUCCGGUUUCAUCAUCCCCAAGUUCCAGUGAUGGAAGCGCUAUCUCUGGCGAGGCCGCUGCCGCUGGGAUCCGCCGAACUUUUUUGGCCCUCAAUUCCGAUCCCCUCCAAACUCGCCUUGAUCUCAUAUACCGACAAGCAGCGGAUCACCUCGCGCUUGUCCAUGCGUACGCCGCUUACGCCCGCCGCUUGAAGCUUGAAAACUCCCGUCAAUUGCGCCUCUUCGAGGACAUGGCAACCGGAUUCUCCAAUCUCGCCUCCCGCCUCGACUCUGACUCUCUAGCCGACGAGGACAACAUUCGUCCGGUGGAAAAGGAGGCCAAGGACCGGAUUAAGCUUGCUCGACAGCUCAUCUCCGAGUACAAGGAACCCUUCGAUACCCAACUGAAGAUACAGAAGCUCCGCGACACUAUUUUUGCUGUCGGUGAGCAGCUCCACCGCGCCCGGAAGCUCGGGGCGCUAUCGAGCCGCAUUGCUGCGGGAUCCACGCCGAAGAGCCUCCAUUGCCUUGCCAUGCGUCUUAUGGAGGAGCGAAUUGCCCACCCGCAGGACUAUCGCCCUCUAAACCCCCCGGAUCUAUUUGAUUCGGAUCUCUAUCACUACGCCAUCUUCUCCGACAACAUAAUCGCCGUCUCCGUCGUCGUCAAUUCUGUUGUCAAGAACGCGGCGGAACCUCGCCGGCACGUGUUCCAUGUGGUCACAGAUCCGAUGUACGCGGCAGCGAUGCAGGUAUGGUUUACUCGCCGGCCGCCGGCAGGUGGCGCGAAGGUUGAUGUUAGAUCGGCAUCGGUGUUUGGGUUUCUGAACGCGAGUUACUCGCCAGUGGUGCGGCAGAUCGAGGGCGGCCGACGUGAUUUGGUGCUUCUGGAUUAUUUGAGAUUCUAUUUGCCGGAGAUGUUUCCCAAGCUGAAGAGGGUAAUCUAUCUGGAGGACGAUGUCGUGGUGCAGAAGGAUCUGUCGGGGCUAUGGAUGAUGGAUCUCGAUGGAAAGGUGAACGGUGCUGUGGAGAUGUGUUUCGGUGGGUUCAGGAGGUAUUCGAGGUAUAUGAAUUUCUCACACCCGGUGGUGAGGGAGAGGUUCAGCCCGAGGGCGUGCGCAUGGAAUUUUGGCGUGAAUGUCUUCGAUUUGGAUGCCUGGAGGCGAGAAAGGUGCACCCAGCAGUUCCAUCGUUACCAGAACCUGAAUGAGGAUGGCACAUUGUGGAGUGCUGGAAAUGUCCUUCCAGCAGGCUUGAUGACAUUCCACACAACAACAAAACCAAUAGACAAAUCAUGGCAUGUAAUGGGACUUGGCUACAAUCCUAGCGUGAGUCCGGAUGAGAUCCGGAGGGCUUCUGUCAUUCAUUUCAAUGGAAACAUGAAGCCUUGGCUUGAUGUCGCCCUCAACCAAUACAAGCACCUAUGGACUAAGUACGUUGAUACUGAGAUGGAAUUCUUGCCACUCUGCAACUUUGGUCUAUAAAAAACCCCAAGAAAUCAACAUUACUUGAGCGAUUUUCACUUCUCAAAGCUUCAUCCGGUUAGAUUUUUGUAUAAUUCUAACUUCAUACAUGACCUCUUUCUUCUUUAUAGUUUCCUGGAACAUAUAUGCCUGUCUCCAACUGUAGGCGUUAUUCUCUCUACAUAUUUUUAUAACUUUUGUUUUGCUUUGGUUUGGAUUUUUAUCGAUAGAUGAAUUACUGGCUCUUUGUAACUCGAUAGUUCCUCAUAAUCUCAUGAUGUUUUCUCUAUAAA